UUUUAUAUUACACCAUCAGUUCAGUUGGCCCAAACAAUCACACAGCGUGUUUUUUUGGCUACACCUCUUGCUUGUUGUUUCCAAGCACCCUCCCUCACUGUAAGGAACUCACUGAUCAACUGAUUCUUCCUAAUGGGAUGGAGGUCAUUGUCUUAUUACAAUAGCCUUGUUUCCUCUCUUCUGAGGAUUGCAAAGGCGCAACAUUUCCUACCACUUUCUCAAAGGUCAAACGUAUUUCAUGAUUUGGGUCCGGGUGUACUGCGAAAUUGUGGUAGUAGUUCCUCUCUGGUGAAUUUUCAAGCAUGGAGAUCAUAUGCUCGUGGUGCACGCAAAGGCUAUGAUCUCUUUGGCGGUGUAAGACCAGGAGAUGAAGAAUUCAAGAAAUCCUGGGCAAAGGAGAUGGAUGAAGAUAACACUCUAUGGACCGGAAGUGAGGAUGAAAGUGAUGAAGAGAAGGGUUCAAAGAGAGGUAUUCAUAAAGAGAUUAGGAAAGCAAGACAGCAAGCUAAGGAACAUGCAGACCUGAUUGAUGGCGAUGACAGUGAUGAGUUAAGAAGUGUUUGGUCUGGCAGUGAUGAGGAGAAGACACUCUGGACCGGUGAUGAAAUGGAUAGCGACGACGAUGUUCCUACCGAAGCUUACCCAAAUGAAAGAAGUGAUAAGUACAUUGAUAAACUGUUUGAGUUCGAUGAAAUGCCGAAAUACAGAACCAUCUCCGAGAUGUUGAAAGCUGAACAAGAACCGGAGGAGUUGUCGCCGGGAAAGCAAGCUAGGAAACUUGCAGUUGAGAAUGCUUUGAAUAAAUUAAAGAAAGGUCCAGAUGGGAGGUAUACCAAUGCAUGGGAGGUUAUGAGUGAUUUAGAUAUUCUGAUUGGAGCAUUUGAAAAUGUUGUUUCAGGGCCAGAGUACGCAGAGCUUAGACAAGGAGGGCCUAAACAACUAAAUAUGGAAUUUUUCAAGGACAUACAAAAACGAAUGAGAGAUCCAAAUUACAAGUUCACACCUGAGUUGAAAUUGAAACCAAAGAGUAAACUGGUUUCUAGAAAGAAAUGGCAAAAGGCAGAGUCUAGAAGGAGGAAAGCACGAAAGAGAUAAAGCUAUAGUGCAUGUGUAGAAAUCUUUCUACCGUUGAUUCUAAAACCUAAAUCAUUUGUGGGGAGAAUUUUCUGUAAGUAGCUUCAGGGUGCCAUAAUUGAUUUUGAGAAAAAAAGAAGUUGAUCCAAACAUGCUAAUAGGUUGUUUUCUUGAAACUAAACUUUGGCUUAUAAUAUUAUUGUGCCUUUGUACUUUUUAUGCAACUUAGUGGAUGAGAAUCAUGUUUGUAAAUA